CCCUCGCAGGUAGAAAAAAACGCGCACACACAAAAACAUGAAACGCGUAAAAAGUGAGGAUAUUCAGUCCGCUGUGCUGCAGUAUUUAAAGAAAAGACAAUAUUCGGACAGUGACACGACGUUUAAGAAGGACCAGAAGCUGAGUCAGUCUGUGUCAGAGAUGGCGGUACAGGGAGCUGUCAUGUCAGAGUCUGGAGUCAGUACAUCUUUCACCUUCAGUAGCUGUGAUCCAGACCCCACCCUAUAUGAAGACCAGUACAGUGGACUCAAAGUACUGAUAGAUGACGCUCCACAAGCACACCAGUCAGAGUUGACAGUGCUCCUGUAUCCCAUGUUUGUGCACUUGCACUUGGACUUGGUCUGCAAUGGACACAGGGAUGCAGCGGAGGCGUUCUUCACCCGUCACCAUGGCAACUUCCUGGUGGACAACAUGGAGUGGUACGAGCUGAUCGAGGAGCUGGCAGGGGUCAUGUGUAAACAGGACCUCUUCACUAAACCUAAGGUCAAGGCUUUCAGAGAGACAAAGUAUGCCAUCAGUCUGUCAGAUAAAGCCUUCCAGUACCUACUGAGGUACCUACAGAGUGAUGACAACCUCAUUUUACUCAGACUGUUCAACACCUACUUACAUGUAAAUGUGAAACCGACACAGAAUGGAGACCUUGACCUGUAUAGCGACAAGCGGGGAGGGGGACACGAUGUUACCAUGGCAACCCCGCCGCACACGCCCGACAACAAGGCGACGCCCGGCGACGUGACCCAGGUGUCUCUACAGGACUGUAUCCGGCGAGUUCGGGAGGGAACGCCAUACCUGUCGUCUGUGUGUCUCUACAGCUUCCAUAAUACUUUCCAGGGAUUAAACACGGCAUCAGUGUCAGAUGACUCCAGGUUUGUAUGUGGAGGUUUUGAUGACUCCACAGUGAAAGUCUGGAGCGGCUUGUCCCGGAGACUGAAGGCAGCGCAUCACACAGUCAACGUCUCACGGAUCAACCUGGCUGGAGACGUGUUAGACGACAAAGCCAGAGAAGACAAUGUUGGCCAAGAGGUGAAACACAUGCGAGGUCACAGUGGUCCAGUCUACGGAACUUCCUUCCUCCCUAACAACACCUUCUUACUCACCUGCUCAGAGGACACCACAGUACGACUAUGGAACCUGUCCACCUUCACAAAUGAUGUAAAUUACAAAGGCCACAGUUAUCCAGUAUGGGACAUCGACACUAGUCCAUUGGGUGCGUAUUUUGUGAGCUGUUCCCAGGACAGAACGGCCAGACUCUGGGCGCUGGACAGAACCUUUCCACUCAGGAUAUUCGCUGGACAUUCUCAAGAUGUUGAUUGUGUGAAAUUCCACCCCAACUGUAACUACAUCGCCACUGGCUCUUCUGACCGCACGGUUCGACUCUGGAGUGUUCAGGACGGGAAAUUUGUACGCAUCUUUCACGGAAAGGAUGGACACAAGGGCACCAUAUUCUCCCUUGCCUUCUCACCAGAUGGGAAACACUUGGCCUCUGCAGGAGAAGACAAGUGUGUGCGUGUGUGGGAUCUGACAUCAGGAGACAUGUUGAAAGAACUACGAGCCCACACAGAAAGCAUCUACAGUAUAAGCUACAGCCGGGACGGUACUAUGUUGGCCUCGGCGGGGGGGGACAGCAUCAUCCGGGUGUGGGACAUGAGACCCAACAUACCAGACAAAGAGUCAGAUGGACAACCACCAGAGCUACUCCACAGUUACCCUACCAAGACCUCCUCCCUCCACAUGCUGAAAUUCGCCCCCUCGGAUUUACUGAUAGCUGCAGGCACCGCCAAGGGGGACUCUGUCUGAUUGGUGCAGGGCCGUGCACCUAUCAGUGAAAAAUACUGAGGGGAGGGGUGGGGCAAGUUUUAAAACACAAACACCUAUGACACAUAGUAUGACGUCUAUACUGUACAUACAACAUACAUACAUGUAUAUCUGAACUGCUACUAGUAUUUCCUCAUGUGUCAAGGGAGACAUCUAGUGACAUUGCCGAUAACUGCAGGUUCCUCAUUGUGUCAGGAGAGACACCUAGUGACAUUUCUUAUAAUUGCAGGAUGCAUCGACGUAGAUGUGUAAGGUUCUUAUGGCAGAGGAGAAAGAUUUCUCCCAAACUGGGCUUCCUAUGACUGCCACGUGGAAACAAUCUAUUCUGAAUCAGUCUCUUAGGGACAUCAUUGUAUUGUUUAACCAUUUACCUGCUACCUAACCCAGUACCUAGUACUCAACUUUUGUGCCCAAAACUUUACUUAACAUGGGGAAAGUUAAAGUCUGGACUGGAGCUAAAAACAGUCUGAAAUCAACAGAUUGACUGUCAACUUAAGUUACAGUAACUGUACAUAUUUGUAAAUACUAACUUCACUUACACCAGUUUUGAUACAUUUUUGUAUACAAAAUAAAACCUGUGAAAUGUAUUAUGGCAGAGGCUGAUUUCUUAAAAACUUGGCUUCCUAUGAAACAUAUUGAAAAGCAUAAGUAUAUUAGAAUUGCAAAUGUUACAAUGCAAUGGGAUACCCAGGCAGCAAUGAUCAUUGUUGCUUUACCAAUACUCAGAGAAA